GUUAGCUGCCGACCGCUCGCUGGCCGUCUCCUUUUCCAACAUUCCCGUUCCUCGAACACGUACGCUCAAUCCACAGCACAUCAAACGGAACAGCACAGAACACGUCCGAAUAUACGAUUUACGAUGCGGUUAUUGCUGCUGUUCGGAGCCGCCGUCUUGGCUACCCUGUGUCUGCUCGUCCCCUCCGCCGAAGCCACCGCCCUCACCUACAAGCUGCACGCAAACGAGAACCAGUGCUUUUACAUUAAUAACGAGAAGAAGUCAGCGAAAGUCGCGUUCUACUUUGCCGUCCAAUCUGGAGGUUCCUUCGAUGUCGACUACAAAGUGACGGGACCGAAUGAGAAGGUGAUCCUCGAUGGAUCCAAGGAGCGACAGGGCGACUUUGUCUUCACCGCCAACGACAUCGGCGAGUACUCGUUCUGCUUCAGCAACGACAUGUCGACCUUCGCCGAGAAGAUGGUGGACUUCGAGAUUGCGAUCGAGAACGAGGCAAAGGCGGAAUUACCAUCUAAGCAAGGCACUUCCCCGGAGCAUCUGUCUUCCCUCGAAGAGUCGCUUUUCAAGCUCUCAGGCCAGCUCUCGACCAUCGCCCGUAACCAGAAGUACUUCCGCACCCGCGAGAACCGCAACUUCAGCACUGUUCGCUCCACCGAAUCGCGGAUAUUCAACUUCUCGGUCAUCGAAUCCCUCAUGAUGGUUACGAUGUCGUGCCUGCAGGUGUUCGUGGUCAGAUUCUUCUUUCAGGGUGCCCGAAAAGGCUAUGUGUAAAUAUGAUCUUCUUCUUUCUCUUGUGGACGUCGUUGUUUGCGCUUCAGCAGAUUGUUCUUAAAUCAAUGGAGUUAUGACUAUUUGCGAUGUGUUCCUCGUGAUUUCGGGCGAUGCCUGUGUUCCUUUACCCGCUUGCUUGUUUGGUUGUCGUUUACGAGAAAUGUGAACAAACGGAAAUUCUUCCCCAGG